CGGUGCCCGCCCCCCGCCCCCGUCAUGUGGAGCGGACGUCACAAGCCUGCACUGUAACCCAAGAAGUGAAAGAGACGGGGACCCACGGCCCAACUUCGCACCGUAACAAAGGCGGGGGUGCCUGCUGCUGCCAGCCAUGCUUUCCAGGUAGGACAUGCACGGCCUCGGGGCAGGUGCACCUCUGCAGCCCGGAAGCAGGAGGCUCACCUGAAAAUGGAGAGAUAAGACGCCCUCCAGCAGGCCUGAGUGAUCCAGAGCCCUCGUCGCCGAGAUGGACCGCACCCGGGAGGCCGAGAUGGAGCUGAGAAGGGGCCCCAGCCCCACCAGGGCCAGCAGGAGCCCCGAGGCGGACGGGGACAGGGCCCUGAGUCACAGCUGCUGCAUCUGUGGCAAGAGCUUUCCCUUCCAGAGCUCCCUGUCCCAGCACAUGCGCAAGCACACGGGGGAGAAGCCCUACAAGUGCCCGUACUGCGACCACCGGGCUUCCCAGAAGGGCAACCUGAAGAUCCACAUCCGCAGCCACCGCACAGGAACCUUGAUCCAGGGCCACGAGCCCGAGGCUGGCGAGACGCGCGUGUCCGAGGGCCUGGACGGCUGCGCCAGUCCCACGAAGAGCACCUCGGCCUGCAACAGGAUCCUGAAUGGCGCCACCCAGGUGGACAACGGCAAGAUCCUGCUGAGGAGCAGCAAGAAGGAGACGGAGGGGACGGCGUGCGCCACCGAGGAGGGCAGGGCGGCGGCUUCGGUGACCGGGCAGUGCUCCUUCUGCAAGAGCAAGUUCGAGCGCAAGAAGGACCUGGAGCAGCACGUGCACCAGGCGCACAAGCCCUUCAAAUGCCGGCUGUGCAGCUAUGUGACCCUGCGGGAGGAAUCCCUGCUGAGCCACAUUGAGAAGGACCACAUCACAGCGCAGGGGCCGCGCGGUGAGGCUGAGGUGGAGAACUGCAAGCCCGAGCUGCCCCCGGGUGAGUUCCCCUGCGAGGUGUGCGGCCAGGCCUUCAGCCAGACCUGGUUCCUGAAGGCGCACAUGAAGAAGCACAGGGGCUCCUUCGACCACGGCUGCCACAUCUGCGGCCGGCGGUUCAAGGAGCCUUGGUUCCUGAAGAACCACAUGAAGGCGCAUGGCCCGAAGGCGGGGAGCAAGAACAAGCCCCGGAGCGAGCUGGACCCCGUCGCCACCAUCAACGAUGUGGUGCAGGAGGAGGUGAUCGUGGCCGGCCUGUCCCUCUACGAAGUCUGCACCAAGUGCGGGAACCUGUUUACAAACCUGGACAGCUUGAACGCGCACAACGCCAUCCACCGACGGGUGGAGGCCGGCCGGCCGCGCGCCCCGGCCUCGGAGAGCGCCCCCGACUCCCAGCAGCUCUUCCUUCAGUGCCUGAACCUGCGCCCGGCGACCGGCGCGCCCGCCCGCGGGCAGGCCGGGCGGCGCGUGGCCGAGCUGGACCCGGUCAACAGCUACCAGGCCUGGCAGCUGGCCACCAGAGGCAAGGUGGCCGAGCCGGCCGAGUACCUCAAGUACGCGGCGUGGGACGAAGCGCUGGCAGGGGACGUGGCCUUCGACAAGGAGCGGCGUGAGUUCAUCCUGGUGAGCCAGGAGAAACGCAAGCGUGAGCCUGAGCCCGGCGCGCCGGGACCCCCGCGCAAGAGGGCGGGAGCGCCCGGGGACCCUGCGCCUGGGCCCCUGGACCCCCGGCCGGCCGCGCGUGCCAGCCGCCGAGCAGCUGCCCCUGCCGGCCACAGCAAGUCGUCCGAGUGUUUCGAGUGCGGCAAGAUCUUCCGCACCUACCACCAGAUGGUGCUGCACUCGCGCGUGCACCGGCGCGCGCGCCGCCACCGCGAAGGCCCUGGGGAGCGCGUGCCCCGCGCCCGCUGCGGUUCUCUCAGCGAGGGCGACUCGGCCUCACAGCCCAGCAGCCCUGGCUCAGCCUGCGCCGCUGUCGACUCCCCGGGCUCCGGCCUGGCGGAUGAGGCCGCCGAUGAAAGCGGAGAGGAGGGCACAGCCCACUCUGCACCAGGGGCAAAGCCACACCGCUGCUGCUUUUCUGAAGAAGUAGCACCGACCAGGCUCUCCAAUGGAGACCAAAGUCACACACUUGGAAAUCACCCAUCUGGAAGAGACUCCGGGGAGCCCAGCAUGGGGAUCACUGCUUCCACAUCCGUACUUGAAAAUGGUAGCAGAGAGACUUCCAAGAGACCAGAGCAGCCUAGGUUUUCCAUGGACUUAAAGAUGCCAGCAUUUCACCCCAAGCAAGAGGUCCCGGGCUCCAGGGACUCUGCAGACCUCCCUUCGAAGCCUGAUCAGACUUUUCUGGAACGGGCAGAUCUGCAGCUCUUGUCAGAAAGCCAGGCCACCUACCCGAAGGAGAAGCUGUCCGAUUUGCACAACAAGGAACAUUGGGGAGGGAAAAGGGUGCUGGCCCCAGACCUGAUCCCACUGGACCUGAGUGAGAGGUCGACGCGGGCUGACCCCAGCCAUAAGGAGCUGGCCUCCUCGCUGCAAGCGGCCUUGGCCGUCCACCCGUGUCCUUACUGCAGCCAUAAGACCUACUAUCCCGAGGUCCUCUGGAUGCACAAGCGCCUCUGGCACAGGGUCAGCUGCAGCUCCAUGGCGCCCCAGUGGAUCCAGCCCAACGGCUACAAGAGCAUCAGAAACAACUUGGUUUUCCUCGCCCGGAGUGGACGCACGGGGCCCCCGCCCGCCCUCGGCGGCAAGGAGUGUCAGCCCCUGCCCAUCUCUCGGUUCACUCGCACUCAGGUGCCAGGUGGGGCGCCGGGGACCAAAGGCAGCCCCUCACCCCUGGGCAUGACCGUGAAAGCUGCCAGCUUGCCCAGGAACAAGGACAGCCAUCCCGGGGGACCCUGUGGACUCUGGGCAGCUGCCCCCGAUGGGCCUCGGCCGACCAAGCCCAGCCUGGGACCUGAGCAGCAUGGGGCUCCGGCCCAGCUGCCCCCGGCCAAGCUCAAGCAGGAGGCCGGCUCCAAGCCUGGGCCCGUGGCAGGUGGGGGCAGCUUCAGCAGAAGUGCCACCCCCACACCCGUCAUCGCCCGGGCCAGCUCCCAGCCCCCGGCCAACAGCAGGCUGGGAGACAAGUACGCACACCCCCCGGUGGCAUCUGGCAUCGUCCCCCCAAGUAAGCACAGCACCCCGGACCCCCUGAAAGCCAAAUUCAGCCCUCAGCCUCAGGGUCAGCCACAAGUGAAAGGUGACGGGGGCCUCCCUCUACCUCCCCGAGAACCCCCCUCCAAGGCUGGCAACGGUGUGGGCUCCAGGGGCCACCUGGCAUCGCAGGCCUCACCGGUGCUGCCCACCAUCAAGCAGGAGCCCGUGGCUGACAGCCCUGAGAAACGCCUGGACAUCCUCAAUAUCUUUAAGACAUACAUUCCAAAGGACUUUGCUUCUCUCUACCAGAGCUGGGGGGCCAGUGGCCCUGCACUCGAGCACAGAGGGACGCUCCGGACGCAGGCCCACCAGGGAGACUUCGUCUGCGUGGAGUGUGGGAAGUGCUUUCAUCAGCCCAGCCACCUCAGGGCCCACAUGAGGGCUCACACAGUGCUGUUUGAGUCUAAUGGCCUCCGAGGUGCUGACAUCCACGGCGCAUCUGCUGAUGUCCCCAAACAAGGGAGAGACCAUCCUAACGCAGAUACUGUCCAGACAGUGCCUCUCAGAAAGGGAACCUAGAGACACGCUUCCAACAACCGGUGCCCGGUGACGGCCCCCCCACCGUGGGUGUCCCCACAGUCUCCCUGCCGUGACCCUGCCCGCCCCGCGGAAGAACUCCUGGCGGACACCCUGAAUCCUAGAGCCUCGGGGCGAGGGCAGAAGCUGAAGAGAGAGCCUCUCCUUGUCAUGCGUUUAAAAAUCAAGCAGAUGCUCUGCUCGAAUUACAUGCAGGUCCUCCUCGUGCGCACGUGUGCUCACCCAGCACAGUCCGUAUUUUCCUACAGUCAGCGGUCGUGUCGGCAGGCGCAGGAGGAGCUCACGCAUCUGUCUUGUUCAAGACGAGUUUGAGACACUGGAAAAAGAUCCUCGUGUGCGUGGGACACAACGAAGCUGCCAGGCACUGUCACAGAAGCUGCAAUGCUCAGAGGACUUGGGGGGACGUCAGAGCAAAGGGGGGCGAGGUUUGCAGCAUGAGUGUGACGGCCCCUCCUUGUCUCAGUGGGUAUUUAAAUAGUGAAUAAGAGAGGGAGGAUGGGUGUGCGGGUGGUGUGGAAACAGGCUCCAUGGAGGCGGGCGGUGACCGGACCCUCCCUGGCAGGGGGGCCCAUGUGCUGAGCCCCGCUCCGUUGUGCUCAGUGAACCCGGCAGAGGUCACACGUCCACAGCAAGGCUUGUGUCCUGCUUCGGAAAAGAGAGCUAGUUGAACACUAAGAAAAGCAGGCUUCUUUGUUUAUUCUCAGGACCUUUUGGUAACAGGGCUGCACUCUGCAAACUGCUCACCACGGAAGACUGCCCGUCUUAACAAAUUAUCUAGCCACUGAACCCCUGAUUGGGACCCUUGUAGUCACAGCAGGAGAAUCCCUGAGCAGAUUGGGGGCUCAGGUCACCAGGGUCUGAGUGCUCUGGGAUUCCUCGUGCUCCCCUUCCCUGCCUCCCUGUCCAUCCGUCCCAGCAAGUAGGUGUCUUUUCUUCUUGGGCCUGGGGGCCUCCGCUGGACGAGUCCCCUCGUUCCCAGGGUGUGGAGGCCCCCAGGCCUGUGGUUGGGGCGGCUUGAUAUACCUCUUCCUCAGAUGCAAGUUUUAGUGGUGGGGUUAAGGCCCGUCACAAGGGACCUUAAACCUUGCAGUGUACGCAAAGUUGUAUUCCACAGAUAUAAAUAUUUUCUUUUCCUUUUACCGUGACACUAUGUGUGAUGGUAAUAUUUCUGAAAGUUUCAGAUUUUUGCACAUAAUGAUUUUAUGCAUUAUCAAAAGUUACUGCUGCCUUGAAUGAAAAUGUUCUGUGAAAUUUUUUGCAAAAGCUUUACUAGGUUUUUUUUUAAUUGUGACAUUUUGUAAAGGCAGGAAAUGGAUUAAAAUAAGCAUGCUAAAUAUAUUUUUCAAAAAAGCAAUAAUUUUACAUGUAUAGAAAUUAUCCUAACCUUUAAUACUGGUGAGAGCGACAGUUUACUUAAUACAGUAAUGGAUUAGUGCAGUUUUUGUAGAAAAUGGGCUUCUGAUACAAAGACUUGUUUAAACACACACACACACACACACACACACCCACCCACCCCUGAAGUGUGGUUUUCCUGUUCUAAUGAUUUGUUGAGUUUUAUUAUUAUUAUUAUUAUUGUUGUUGUUGUUGUUGUUCUUAGUUACUGUUUGGUUUCUGGAUUCUACUUGUUACUGAAUUUAAAUUACUUGACGGUUCAGGUUACCUUGCAACAUUUGCAAACAAUGCAAUGUAACUGGCUAGCUUCUAUAUAUAUAUAUUAUAUACAUGUAUACACACACACAUGUAGACACAGAGAUAUGUGCGUGUGUGUGUAUAUAUAUAAUUUUUUUACUUAUUUUUUCCUGCUUCUCUUUUGCCGGAUAUGUUCCAGAACGAUCUGUCCUGUUGGUGUGUUCCGAGGGUCUGUGCAGAUGCUCCUCAGCCACUGUCCUUGACUGUUCUGUAAAGUUACUUUGAGCAAAGUUGCAGACACAUUCCCCUGCUCACCUUCGAAAUCAAAAUGCCACUCUGUUGACUUCCGUUUGAUCCUGUCUCUGGCCUCCCCACAGUGGUCAUUUCUGCAUUUUCUUGGCUGAAAGUGAAGGGUGACAGUUCAGGAGCGCACAGGGGCUAGAGCUGCGGGCUGUCUGUUUCUCUGCAUUUUAGUUAUUAAAAGGAACUCUGGACCCACAGUGACACAGAUGAGUCAUGUACCUUCUUGCUGUUUCAGAAGCAGCCUGUGGAGUCACAGUGUCACCCCGGGGGCUCCUUUGCAGGGGCCUGGGGGAGAGAGGGGGCACAUCCCCAGGGAAAACCGUGUGCUGCCAGGAGCACAGAUGGAAGGUUUUCACUUAAUUCAGCAGGCGGGGAAGGGACCCCAGAGAAUGCCACCCUCUGAGAGAAGCCCUUUGCGGGAGACUGUGGCCCCUCCCUCUUUCACUGCCCAUCAGUAUUUUAUUGGUUUGUUAAUGCAUUUAUGUCAGUUCAACCAUAGUAUUUAAUAUGAUUUGUGUUUUCUUAUUUAUUUAGCUGAUAUGUCUUGAUUCGCUUUUUUUUCGAAUGAUAAUUUCCGCAUGGUCUCUCCUGUAAGUCACCUUCUGACUGUUACAGACUUUCUACCUCUACCAAUCUGCUGUUUCCUUGUUUCUUAACAGGAUUUCACAGUGUUGGCGUCCAGUGUAACUUAGACAAUAAAGGGUUUGGUUGUCUACACUGCAGCUUCUCCUGGUUGUCUACACUGCAGCUUCUCUGUGUGGCGCCCUACCCCCACCUACGCCCUCCCUUCCCUGCUCACACCUCUUAUUCAUUGUCGCGCUCAAAUAAUACAGAUAAUGAGCUUAUAGAAAUCUUUCAGGUUAUUCACUCAUAUUCCUUAAUUUGAAGAAUGAACAUUGAAAUGCUCUAAAAAAAAAUCAGCUGUUUAGCAUCUAAACCCGGUCAUUGUCCACUGCUCUGUCACUUCUCUUACCUGGUUCCUGCAAGGGCUUAGGGUGAUCUCAGAGGCUACCUUUCACCUGGGUGAUUUACAACACAAUACUGAUUUGCAAGCCAAACCGGAUUUUUGCCUUUUUAGGAAAAGUAUUCAGUGCUUUAAGAGAUUCCCCCCUAAGAUUUCCUUAUUUAUUUUUAAACCAAGAGAGACACUAGUUUCUUGAAACCCAGGUGCUCCAGCAAAGGGCCCCGGGAAUUACACAGGCCACUUUGGUGAAGUUAGGGAGCACUGAUUUUGCCCAGUACGUCAAGAGCCAUCCUCAAAUUUGGCCAUUCUGUCCCAGGCCAUACAGUGUUGCACAAACAUGACGUAAAGGCACAUACACACGCAGGGUCCUCACUCCGCAAGUCCCUGGGACCCCGAGCUGAGGGGGUUGGAUGCAGCAGGUUGCAGGCAUUGCCUCUUGCUGCCUCCCCAGGGAGCUGGCUCAGGUAGCUGCACCAUUCCACCGGGAGUUAGCGAGUGGCUCAGGGGAUGUGUCUUCUGUUCUCGAAAGGUCUGGGCUUGAAAGGACACUGCACCUCCUGGGGUUUCUUGUCCAGAUGCUCUGUACCAAUGUUCCAUCUUUAAAACAGACAUGGCCCCGCCCUAGAGGUUUGCACGAGGCACAAAAGAGGACUGCGUUCGCCUGCCUUGACUUUCCCACUUUCAGCAUGUCUCCGUGUCUGAAGGAGCGGCGAUUGUUUCACUGCUUGUAACUUGGCUGGGUUCUAAGAACGUUUUACAUGCUGAGCAAAAAAGAAAGAAAACACAAGUCACAGACCAGGACAUCCAGUGACGUUCCGGUGCUCGGUAGCGUGUCUCUGUGAAGUGACCGAGGGGAAAUGUUCAUUCUUCAACUUUGCUAAUUAUGCUUUGAGGCAGUAAAAUGCAAAAGACCAUAGAAUUUGUAUUUCUUUUUAAAAAUACAAUUUAUAACAUUAUAUUUUGUACUCUUUAUAUUAGAAUUUGUAACUAGAUUGAUGUAUUUAACUCUAUUUCUGAAAAAAUAAUUCAAUGUUUCAGUUGUGUGAUAAAAAUAUUUAGAUAAAACAUAUUCAUUCUAUUGGAAUUUGAAAUCAAUAAAAACAUCUUGGAGUUCUUGA